UUUAUUAUGUAAGUCUUUCCGACGGAAGCUGUUGAACAGCGUCAGGCGAGCUUCACUUCCUACCGUGUCUGAACGCGAGUCCGUCACCAUUCACUCUAUGGAACGAGAGAUACAAUGAAAGGUGAGUGAGACUGUCUGCUUGAGUGAGUCAGUAUGCCUGAUGUAUGUGUUUCAGAGAAGGCCAUGGCUCGAGGGCAGCAGAAGAUCCAGUCUCAACAGAAGAACGCAAAGAAAGCAGCUGAGAAGAAGAAAGGUCAAGGAGCGGAUCAGAAGACUGCAGCCAAAGCAGCGCUGGUCCACACAUGUCCUGUCUGCAAGACACAGAUGCCAGACCCCAAGACCUUUAAACAGCAUUUUGAAAGCAAACACCCAAAAUCUCCUAUGCCUCCUGAGCUGGUGGAUGUUCAAGCCUAAAGGAUGCAAGAAACCAACAUGGACCUAAAACAGGGACCCCGGGGAAAGAAACCUGAUUCGACUCGGCCGACUGACUCGACUUGCUGUAUAACAUUGACCAUGUGGACACAACAACAAGGAGAUUUUAGGACGGACUCGAGCACACCAGCGCGCACACAUAUUUCUUGAUAUUUUUAUAUGUGCAUAUUUCUUCCAUCAUUUCCGAGUGUGCUGUGACCUAACCGUCUCAUUGCCAUGUGCUUAAACUUGACAUAUUUAUUCACCAAUGCCCCACUUCACAAUCUGUCCCUGUAUUUAGAUUUUUUUAUAAAAUGGAUUAGGUGCUGCAAUGUAUAAAAAUGUAUGUGCCCUGAUCUUUUAACUGUGAACCACAAUGGAGAGGUGCACCAACAUGUGUGUUAUUAAUAGUACUGACCAGGAUUGGAAUUGAGAUUCAUUGAUUGACAUGCUCAAAAUAAUUACAAAUGCUGUAAAUUUGCACCUGUUAAAGUUGUCAGAAUAAUAUGAGUCAGGACCCACGGAUACGCUUUUGUUACUUUGUUUUCUAAAGUUUUCAAUAAAUGUAUAUGCAUAUAGUCUA